AUGGCUCAAGACGAGCUCACCGGCCAUGACAUGACACAAGAGGGCGCGCAGCGAUUCGACGGCGACAAGAACAUUUUCGCGCUCUCUGACCAGCAAGAGGCCCUUGAAUACCACGCCUUCGACAUCCACGCGCAGCUCCAGCGAUUGAAACGGCAAGAGUACGAACUGGAGAAAUUCCUCUCAUUCGAACAGGGCAAUGUUGAAAAUGCCAUCAUGUAUCAACAACUCGACUCCGCCAACGACUUCCAAUACCAACUCGUCGAUCGCGCGCUCCUCAAGUACGCCGAGACGAGGAACCUUUACGGGCUGGACAAGUGUCGCCUCGUCGCCAGGAGGAAGCAUCUGAAUGCCUUGAAGGAUGAUCGUGGCACCGUCGUCAGGUUCGCCAGCGUGUUCCUCAUGCAGCGACUUCCUUUGCAGUCCUUCAAUCCUCGUCGAACGGACUGCAAAGUCGGCGUGAGCAGUGGAGAGGAGGGAACAGAUCCGCCUUACCAGGUCACUUUCCACAACGACUCUUCGACGGCUCUGGAACUCUACAGGCGCGCGUUUGAGAUCAAACUGGCAGGCGUUGUACAYCUCGAGCCCGACACGCGGCCAAUGUGCAAGACCCAACCGCCCGCCACCGAGGACGAUGUGCAAAAGUACAACACUCGCGUGGCUGUGGAAGCAGAAAGAUCCAAGAACAGCGCAGAGAAUCUGAGUUCACUGUUUUUCCGAGGUGCCAUGAAACAAAACCAGAAAAGCCUGGGUCAGAAGCGACAAGACGACCUUCGCAAAGCUCAAUCAUCAACGGGCAAGAUCGCCAAAGCCUCGACGAAACCWCGCAAGGUCGGCAAAGAUUCCCAGCAAGAUCGCAACGCUCUCUUGAAAAGUCUGGUAACCGAAGCAGGCUUUCCAAGACGCCCCUCAAUGAUGAGCGUGAUUGAUGAGCUGGUCGCCCAAAAUGCCCGCGAUGCUGAGCGUCAGGCAGAGCGAGCGGAGCAAGACGCUCGAACUACCAAGGCCACCGAGCUUCUGAGCGGCAUGGUGCUUGGAUCGAAUGGAGAAAAGGAUGAGAAGCUGGAAGAACAGUGGGACAGCGUGAAAUUGUCUCAAGACUCGCAACCACUGUAG